UCCUUCCCUCACCCCAUAUAAAAACCACAAAGUCUCCGAAAGAAAGAAACCAUAAUUACACAUUACUCUCAUUUAUCCCCAUGGCCGUAACUUCAUGUUCUCAAAACAUCAACCUUCUUUGAGGUAGUACAUAACCAUGGCGGAAAUCGAGGUUCCAUCUGACUUUCUUUGCCCCAUUUCUCUACAGAUCAUGAGAGAUCCGGUGACGAUCUCGACGGGGAUCACAUACGACAGGGAGAGCAUCGAGAAAUGGCUCUCGUCUUGCAAAAACCUGAGCUGCCCAGUGACAAAGCAGGCGCUGGGCGGUAUCGAUUUGACGCCGAACCAUACGCUGCGACGGGUGAUUCAGGGGUGGUGCAGUCUCAAUAACAGGCAUGGGGUGGAGCAGAUCCCAACCCCUAACAGUGAGGAUGAUAGAGGAGAUGUUGUUAAGUUGAUCCUUAAGGAGGCAGUAAAAGGUCCAAGAAGCUCAAGGCUUGAGUGCUUGAAGAGAUUGAAAGAUAUUGUGGCUGAAAGUGAGAGGAACAAAAUCUACUUCCAGAACGUUGAAUCCAUGGAGUGCUUAGCUUCGAUAUUGAAGGAGGAUGAAGACGAAGCCGCCAUUGUAGAAGAAACCAUAGAAAUCAUUUCAAACAUUAAUUCAUCCACCGCUCUCCUCAAACACAUCCUAACCCAAAACCCUCGACUCAUUGACACCCUAAUCUCCAUUAUCACCAUAACCAAAACCUCGAAAUCUCGAGCCGCCACCAUAGCCUUCCUCAGCUCCCUCUACACCAUUUCCGACCAAACCCACAAAACCUUCACAAAGGAAAUAAUCUUCGUCCAACUCACAAGAGCCUUAAAGGAUCAAAUCGCCACAAAACCCACCCUCAAAAUCCUCCUCCACUUAGCCCCAUUUGGCCGGAACCGCAUCAAGGCCGUAAAAAACGGUGCCGUUUUCCAUGUUGUAGAGUUGCUUCUGCACUCCUCUAAUGGAAGAGAGUGCGAGCUGGCAAUGGCAGUCCUGGACCGACUUUGUGAAUGCGCUGAAGGUCGUGCAGAGCUGCUUCGGCAUGGGGGUGGGAUGGCCGUGGUGGGUAGGAAGAUUCUUAGGGUGUCGAAUUUGGGCAACGAGAAGGCAGUGAGGAUUGUGUACAAUGUUUGCAAGAACAAUGUUGGGAAUUUGGGAGUUGUUGAAGAGAUGGUGGAGGUUGGGGUUGUAGGGAAGCUUUGUUUGAUGCUUCAAGUUGGUGGGAAUUUGAAGACUAAAGAAAGAAUUAAGGAGAUUCUUCAUUUACUUCAAUGUGUUUUCAAGGGCCCAAUUAUUCAAGAUCAAUCCUGAGUUGAUGAAGAAAUGGUUGAAGAAAGCUCUGUUUUUUCGGAGAAAUCGAAGAAGAUUGAAAAGAAAAAGAUAAAGAGAAGAAGAAGGAACACGUAGAGUUACAUGGUUCGGUUAAUAAGCCUACGUCAACAGGAAGAUUCUCUUUCUUUCUCACUUGAAGAUUGCUUACAGCAGUUGUUGUUUACAGAAAAAUAGAAAGUACGAUGAUUUUUUCUCUCUGUUUUUUUUUUUUUUUUUUUGUUAUGAUAAGUGGUAUUCAUAACACAUACCAUCUGACGUUACAAGAUAAAGUUUGUUAUGUAAACUAAACUAGUUGAAGAGGU